ACAGAACCUAUACAGUGUAAUGUAGACGAGUUCAAAGCAAGUAUGGCGGAUUUCACAGACACAAAUUCACACGAAAUGACAGAAAAUCAUGUUCAAAAGUGGUGUAAUAACCAAUGGGUUCGAUUAAAUGUUGGUGGAACAUAUUUUUUGACAGCGAAAACUACACUAGCCAGAGAUCCUAAUUCGUUUCUUUAUAGAUUGUGUCAAGAGGAUUCUGAUCUCAUCUCAGACAGGGAUGGAACUGGAGCAUAUUUAAUAGACCGUGAUCCAACAUACUUUAGCCCUGUUUUGAAUUACUUGCGUCAUGGGAAAUUAGUGAUUAAUAAAGAUUUAACAGAAGAAGGUGUUCUAGAAGAAGCAGAAUUCUAUAAUAUUACAGAAUUAAUUCGACUAGUCAAGGAAAGAAUUAUAUUGAGAGACACUAGACCAUUACGGGAUUCAAAGAAACAUGUUUAUAGAGUUCUUCAGUGUCACGAGGAUGAACUAACACAAAUGGUUUCGACAAUGUCUGACGGAUGGAAAUUUGAACAGUUAAUCAAUAUAGGAUCACAAUAUAACUAUGGAAAUGAUGAUCAUGCUGAGUUUCUAUGUGUGGUUAGUCGUGAAUAUGGGGCCAGUCAAUUAAACAGCAAGGAACAAGAGUCAACGGAUCGUGUUAAGGUUCUGCAGCAGAAGGGUUCUCGCAUGUAAUCUCUAAAUCCGUCCUUUUCUUUCCUUACUUCGUUUAAUUAAAUCAACUGUGCAGCGACAAGAUGAAGACUGCUUUUGUUUCUACAUUCACAUAUUUAAGUUCAUAUAAAUCUCCAUUACAUCAUUUUCCUAUAUGAUGGUAAUACAAACAACAGAUAAUAUGCAAAGGUAUGAUACCUUUUGUAGAUAUGUAGCUAUAAUGCAAGAAUACGUGAUCAAGCUUUAAGAACCAAAAGUAUCAUAUACUAAUGCAUACAUUUUGUUUUUUAUCAACAUUCAACAGAAAUAGAUAUGGAUUUCAGUGGCACAAGUAGUGUUUAGCAAUUUAACAUGGGAUCAUAUACUUUAUAAUAAUGGAGAACUUAAUGAUAAAGUAAAAUUUUCUAUCCCAUUAAUAAAAUUGAAUAAUCCUCUUGUAAAAGAAAUAUUAUUGUUUAAAAUGACAGAAGUUAUGUUUUAGUUUCAUUAAAUAGUUUAAGAGACAAUAGCAUUCAUGAGGGCAAUCGUUUUCAUACAAAUUUCUACACUGAAUAUAGAUACUAUCUCUAGUAAUAAAUAGUUUAUUAUUUUGUAUCUAAUUGUACAGAAAUACUUUUUAUUUUAAUUCUGUCGUUAUUAUAAUAUAAUCUAAAUUACUUACCUUCGCACUGCCGCUAUAAAACAUAAAAUAAUAUUUAUAUAUCUAGCAUGAUAUUUUUAAUUAUCUGGGACGAAAAUUCAUUUUCUACAAAAGCAAUUUAUUAUAUCGUUUAAUAAUACAUGGUAAUGUGUAAAAUGAAGAAGCUUGAACAUAAAACUCCUAUAAAAAUUUUAAAUCGUACGAGGAAUAACAAUGAAUAUACUUUAAACUAGUUAACAAUAAUUUUCUAAAUGCAUUUGAUUUUUAUUGCAUUAUAUUUUGUUACAAAAAUGCAAUCUGAAUAACACAGUUUAAAACUAUAUAUCUAUGGAUGUAUUACUUUCUUUACCUUUAUUUUGUAUACAUUUAUUUACAUUUAUGAUGAACACGAUUACAUUGAAUAAAAUUUAAUUUUCCUAAAUAUAUUAAUUAAGGCUGUAAUAUAUAAUUUUGUGCAAACUCAGAAGUAAAAAACACAUUAUAAUAAACAUAACAUAGGUUGUCAAUUGUUGAAGGCCUAUUAAGGAAGUGUUGUAGACAAUAUAUUCAUAUUUAAAAGGAUUAAUUAUGAGAGAAAAAAAUAUACGAGGCAUUAAAUUGUCAAAAAUGCAGUGAGAAUUAUAUAAUAUGUUAUAAUAUAUGAUAUAAUAUGUAUAAUAUUAUAUAUUAUAUACCAUAUACUGUAUGUUAUACACUGUCUGCACAAGUAUGCAUGAUAAUCUUGUGAACAAAUUUUUUUUCAAUGUGAAUGCAACAUACUGUGAAGAUACUAUUAAAAAAUUACAUUUUUACAUUGCCAUAUAUAUUUCUAAACAACUAAUAUUAAACAAAUAAAUAUAACUAACAGAUAGGAAUUUUAGGAUUGUAUGUAUAAAUAAAAAAAUUCGAUACGUUGAUUGGCUUGUAUUCACUGUUUUUUAUACUGAAAAUCAAGAAAAUUAAGACCAACAUCAAUUAUUUCUCGCAAUAUACAGAGUUACUAAUAUUGAAGUAUGAUAUUGUUUUGCAUUGUAAAUUCUAAUUGUUAAUCUAAUCAAUACACUAAUUAAUAUUAUCUCACUAGGAGUAGAAAUUUAAUAACUGUAUGUGAACAAAUUUAUACUUUCAUAAAUAAAUUUCUAAAU